AUGCGGUCACUUAUUCCGCUGACGGCUCUGCUGUGCUCUUUAGCCUUUAUUCUUCCAUCAAAUGCUAACAAAUUUGAUCAACAAAUAAAGGAGAUAUACGCCAAUCCGUUAUCGCACGGAUUUGGCGAGGAUAUCGAUUGGGUUCCAUGGGAAGAUGCGAUCGAGAAGGCCUUGGACAGCAACAAACCAAUCUUCCUGCUCAUUCACAAAACGUGGUGUCAUGCCUGCAAAGGUCAGCAUAUCCGGAUCCGCUCAAGAAGACUUUCCAACAGUCAAAACGCUCGCAAAGCAUUUAAAAAGCUUUCUGAGUACUUCAUCAUGGUGAACACAGAGGAUGAUGAGGAACCUUUCGAGGAGGAGUAUCGCCCAGACGGAAAAUACAUUCCAAGGCUUCUAUUCCUCGACAAAAAUGGUGAUCUCCUUGAGCAAUUCAAGAACAAGAAAGCCGAAUACAAGAACUAUGCCUACUACUACUCAUCACCUGCUGAUAUUAUCAACUCGAUGAAGGAAGUCUUGCGGUUCUACGAAAUCGAGGUAAUAUAUUUAUUUGAUUCGGUUACGGGUGGUUACAAGACCGAACUCUUGCAAUGA